UCUCCUUCUCCCUCUCCCUUGGGCCAAAGCGAGAAGAGGGAACGAGUCCAAAUAACUUCUACGCGCAAGCGGGAAAAGGCGAAGCAGUCUCUGGCAAGGGGGAAGAGGCAAGCUAGGGCACACUGCAAUUUUCUGCUAAAACGAAAUUUCAGGGUUCUCAGAUUUCUGUGUAAAGAUGUCAGGAAGGAAAGAAACUGUGUUGGAUUUGGCAAAAUUUGUGGAUAAGGGUGUCCAAGUCAAGCUCACUGGUGGUAGACAAGUGACAGGGACUCUGAAAGGGUAUGAUCAAUUGUUAAAUCUUGUCCUGGAUGAAGCUAUAGAAUAUCUAAGAGAUCCUGAUGAUCCACUGAAGACCACUGGCCAGACCAGGCGCCUUGGCUUAAUAGUUUGCAGGGGAACUGCUGUAAUGCUGGUCUCACCAACUGAAGGGACAGAUGAAAUUGCCAACCCUUUCAUGCAGCCAGAUGGGGCAUAGACAUAUCUUUUCUUCAUAUUCAAAGCCUAACUUUGAAUCUAUAUGCUCUUUUGGCUUGUCCUCCUCGUUUUAAUUUGGAGAACUGUCUCAUUACAGAAUAGGAAACUUGUGAUGAGCUUUGAUUUAGUCUUUUUUGCACUACAAGUUUUUAAGUGAACUGCAACUGUAAAAUUGUUAU